AUGCCAAAAUUGGCAACUGAACGCUACUUGGCGGGACAGUGGCAGAAAGGCAUCAUCUACCUGCCUAAACGGGCGUCUCAAAUGGAUCUGACAGCCCUGAUCGACCUGUGCACAUGUGAAAUGUGCCACAGGAUCGUCAAAACCGCCGCCAAACAUAAAGGCUGUGGCUGCUUCUUCUGCUUCGAUUGCUACGGCAAGGCGUACAAAUCGAACUUUUUGCAAUGCCCCGGAUCUCGAUGUCAGGCCAAACAGAGGCCCAGAUUUUUGAUGAUGACUACGGAGAUUGAGCCGUGCCCGGCAGUUGAUCAGGCUAUCAAGGAAAUUGGUUUUAAGCCUGGGCAGACGAAGGUGAUGAUCCUUCAGUUGGAUGCCAACAAAAGAAAAGUGCAACAAGCAAUCGACACCGCGCAGGCCAGUUUGGAUGAGGAGAGGUUGCCGAAAGCUUGUCCUGUUAUCGGCACUAGCCCAAACCCAAAUCUCCUGGAUAACUCCUCCGCCAAAAUCAUCUUCCGCCGCCCGGAGUUCUAUUCAAAUUACACAAUCCGCGAUCCCCAGAUGCUGGGUCAUCGCCCACCUACGACUGAAUUUGCCAAAUCACGCUGGGCCAAACGGAGAAGAAAACUCGGGGAUCAAAUGGAACGAGAGGCCGCUGUUGCUGUGCGAAAAGAAGAAAAGCUCAUUCACCUUUCUUCAAUGGCAAAGAAGGCUGUGCAAUUCUUGAAAACCAUGCCGCGAAUCGUGACCGAAGAGGAUAAGGAACGACAAAAAAAGCUCGAAAAAAUGGACGAGCUAUACGAGAAAUUCCUGAAAGAGCCGAAGACCUCGCAGCGCUGGACGGCGGAAGCGUUGUGGAUGCUCCGGGAAGAAAUCCGAAAGUCCGAAGCCAAGAAGUCACCUUCCGAUUCUGAUCCACAGGCCCUGAGCAUCUACCCGAGCUCGAGCUCGCUGCCUUCAGGAUUUUCCGCGCUCGAUUUACACCCCUUCUUUUUGAAAGUGCCAAAUACGAUAAGAGUAUCCGAGCUUCUCGACUACAUGAUGGACACGAUCGAGCGGACUGAGGGCAUGCCGUUUAGGCGUGAUGUGUACACCCUCGUGCUCAAACCCGUCCUGCAAGUCGUCCGAGCUCGUGAUAUCAUGGUGCUCAGAAUGAGCUCGUUGGCUCCAAGCCAGGGGAUGAACGGCGAUUCGAAGAUGCACACCCAGGAGAAUUCUCCGAUCGCCAUGCCUCAUAGCAACGGAAAACCAGCCGUGAAGCCGAGUAAUCCGCCCAGUCUCAAUGGAAAUGCCGCGAGUUUUGCGCAAAAUCUGUUGAAGCGCGGGCUGAUCUGUGGGAAUGACGGGGCGGCGUUUCAAGUUCUAGCCGAGACGCCGGCCAUCAGCAAACCGCAGCCGGACAUCAAGCAAAAAGCGGCCGUCCCCUUACAAAUAGAGGACCAGGGCAACGCUGCGCUCCUAAUUACGGGCUGCGGAACGACGAAUAUUCUAUCGCCGGAUGCCACAGUGGGACAAAUCCGCAACAAAAUCUGGUCUAACAAAGCGGAAGAGCUGAAGCUGGUCUAUCAAUUUGUAAAACGCGAAGGCAAAGAAGACGCCCCUCUAACCCCACGCGAAUACGUGGCUAAAAUGCUACCAAGGGAGGCAAAAAUCGCCGAAUUUUACCAGGCUCAGGUCAAAAAGGAGGAGCCGGAAGAGGAAAAAGCUACAAGUAGCAGCGCGACAUCUGAAGCUCCAACACCAAUCCAGGCUGAUCAGAAAAUGGAAGAAGAUUCCGAUUCUGACGGUGAUUACGGCGCGGCUCCACUCUUGUCUCAAGAAUCGUACGAUGAGCCGUAUGAAGAUGACCCUAUGGAGGGACCAAGUACGCUUGAACCGAUGGGAGCGAAGAAGGAAGGAAAUGAUGAGCAGAAAAUGGAGGUUGACCCACCGAAUACAGAACGUCGUGAUUCCGUCGACAAUCCGAUUCGACCACCCGGAAGUGUACCGCUGACACCUCUGACCCCUCCAACGCCUCCGACUCCCAAACCACACAGCUCGAGCUCUACUCCGGGACCGUCGACGCCGACGACGAGUCAGCUGCCUCAAAUUCGACCUCAUACAUCUGGAUUUAUCCCGAAUAGCCAGAUGUCCCAAAUGCAGCUCCAGCACCUCCGCAGGCAGGCCAUGCAACAGACGCCUGUUCAGCCAGUCGGCGGCUUACCACAGAAUAAGCCCGUCCAUAGGAAUGAGAAUCCGCCGGCACACUCAAAUUCGAGUACGCCAAAGCAACAAACACCAGGACCUUCUGGCAUCAAUCGUACUCCACCGAUCACCGCGGUCCCGGGCCCAAUCCGACAACCCGCUGCGGUGCCGUCAGGACCAGGACGUCAUCAACCUCCCCCAUCACAACAGCGAGCCCAGCCACAAAACCAGCACCGCCCACCCCAAGCGACAAUGCCACCAACCUCGUCCAGAGGUUCAUGGAACCAACAAGCGGAACUCCAACAGCAGCUGAUGAUGGCUGUACAACAACAUCAAGUCGCUACCGGGGCAGUAGCACCACCAUUGACGAACACUCAAUUUGUGCCGAUACACGAUAAGGCGACAAACCAAUGGAAUGUGCAGGCAUUUUCUGUACCGGCUGGAUUUAUGUUGACGCCGAUGCCGCCGCCUGAUCCGUCGCUGAUGGGGAGUAUGCCACAGGCCCCAGCACCAGAACGUCCCGUGAUCCCACCAAUGCCGUCGCCCCUCCCGACAGCCCCAAUCAUAACUCCACCUCAAGCCCAGCGAAUAACUCAACCUCAAAUCCUGAUGGGCCCACCGCUGAGCCUUGCUAGUGUCCUCCCGAAUUAUCAAGCCGGGGCCCAGCAGCAGCGACAACCUCCGACCUUUGCCGUCGGGCCAGCACCACCUCAGGUGAUUCGGAUGAGCAUGAACCAUACGAGAGCGCCGGCUCAACAUGUGAAGGCGCCGAGUAAUAGACCGCCAUCCGGCCCUUCCACUUCAAGACCAACCCAACCAUUGGUGCGACUUGUCACCCAGCCGGCACCAAGACCUGCACCGCUGAACCUGACGACAACCUCGGCUCGCCAACCAUCACAUCCGCCAGUUGAAGCUCAGCCAGCGCCAAUCCCAAUCCAGAUCAAAGCACCUGCCCAGCUACAACCCAAACAGUCAUCUGUCUUCCCGAUCAGGACGAUGACAUCACCGGUUCCGCCUCAGUUACAGGUGCCUUCCCUACAAAUCACUGAACCUGCCGUUUCUAUUGAGGAGCCACCUCAAGUGUCUCCCCCAGAUGAAGCCAACCGCUCCGGCUCAAGCCAAAGUCAGGGAAGCCACGGCUCGGAUGUAAUGCCGUGCUUGAACCCUGAAAAC